AUGGAGCUUGACACAAAGCUGAUGAGAGAAAAUCUUGCCUCACAACCAAUGCUUCUGUGUGAUAAUUACUUGAUGAAGCCCUACAUGAAAGAUGAAUUUUCCUUUGAAGCUCCUUCAUCAAAGGGCUUCUUGCAAGAUUUUCACCAUCCUGAUCAGUUUCAGACUAACGGGUCCUCAUCAAAUCCCAUUUUUGGGGUCCAAACUCAGUGCUAUGAUUCAUUCAACCAUUUCACAUAUGGCUGCUCCACUGGUUUUGAUGUUUAUGAGUGUAAGCCAUUUGCAGAUAAUUGUGGGCAUGGCCAUGUUAUGGACAAUUUCCAAAGUGGGGGAUACUUGAAUCCCUCUCAGAGAAAUCCCAUUGAUAUCAUGGGAUCUGGUCGGAUUGACAUGGCCUUUACUACUUGCCAAGACAUAAAACCUGUUAAUUUUGUCAUCCCAGAUGAACUCUCAUCCAUAACAGCAGAAAAUGGGUACUAUAAAAGAGUUGGCAUGAAUAAGAACAGGGCAUUGCCAACAACCAUGAGGACAUAUAAAGGUCGUAAGAGGUGUAAUUGGGUUAAGGGACAAUGGACAAUUGAAGAAGACAGGCUCUUGAUUCAACUGGUUCAGCAGUAUGGAGUGAGAAAAUGGUCCCAUAUUGCUCGAAUGUUGCCUGGGAGGAUAGGAAAGCAGUGCAGAGAAAGAUGGCAUAACCAUCUAAGGCCUGAUAUCAAGAAGGACACAUGGAGUGAAGAGGAGGAUAAGGUGCUUAUUGAGGUUCAUGCAGAGAUAGGAAACAAAUGGGCAGAGAUUGCAAAGAGCUUGCCUGGAAGAACUGAAAACUCCAUCAAGAACCAUUGGAACGCAACCAAAAGAAGGCAAUACUCGAAACGAAAAUGCCGUUCAAAAUACCCAAGAGGCUCCCUUCUACAAGACUAUAUCAAGAGCUUGAACUUGGACUCCGACACAGCGCAAAAUCAUCGGUGCAAAACCAAAGCACCGCCAAGUGAUGAUCAUGAUCAUGAUCAGCCACACACAGAGGAGGUUUCAGAUUAUGAUUUCAAUGAGGUCCCAGAUUUUUGUUUCGAUGGAAACAUGUUUCAAGAGAGCUGCAGCAUUGAUUCUAUUCUUGAUGACAUGGCUUGUGGUGAUCCUGUGGUUGAUGAGAAUCAUUUUCAGAUGGAUAUGACUCCAGUUGAAGAGUUUGAAGUGAAGAAGGAGCUGGAUUUGGUGGAGAUGAUCUCUCAAGUCAAUCAAGUCAAAUGUGCAAUAGAAGUUGAAUCAAAUCCUGUCCUGAUGCUCAUUGUUUAUGGGAAAUCUCAAUUAGAUGUCAUGAAAUCUCUCAAAAGAAAGGAUAAUUUGGAGGAAUACAGCAUGGCCACUAAAAAUACUGCCAAUUUUGAUGUUGCUAUUAAGCCUAACUGUGCCAUAGCUGCUGCCAUUUUGCGAGAUCACCAUGGAGACAUUCUUGUCGCUUGUUCUAAAUGUCUCCCUUCUAUGGAAGCUAACCAACGUGACGCAAAUGCCGCCAUUCUUGUGGUGCACCCAACCUCUCAUUUUGGAAGUACCUCCGUCAUUCUUGAAGGGAAUUCUCUUACUACCAUCAUUGCCAUCAAUUCCCCCCAUGUAGCCUCGGAUUGGGCCUUAGUCCCCAUCCUAGCCGACAUAAGCCAGCAACUCCUCUUCUUUCAGAAUUAG